UCAACUCAAGUUUCAGUUUCAAGUCGUCGGCCAAGCAGCAAACAACUUGUGAAACAAUUAAAUCGAACGGGAGGAAAUUCUUCUAAGAUGAUGAAAUCUUUGGCAUUGCUGGUACUGACUCUGUGCCUGGCCAGCGGCGCAUGGGCUGGCAAGGUGGGACAACAGCAGGGUCCACAGCGUCACCUGGUCUGCUUCUAUGACUCGUCAAGUUUUGUCAAGGAAGGUCUCGGCAAAAUGGUGAUCGAUGACCUGGAACCAGCUCUACAGUUCUGUGACUAUCUGAUCUAUGGCUACGCCGGACUCGAACGUGAUUCGCAUAAGGCUGUGAGUCUCAACGAGCAACUCGAUUUGGAUCUGGGCAAGGGUCUGUUCCGCACCGUGACCCGCUUGAAGCGCAAGUAUCCCAAUUUGCGCAUUCUGCUGAGCAUUGGCGGUGACAAGGAUAUAGAGAAGAGCGAGAACGCCAAGGAUUUGCCCAACAAAUACCUCGAGCUGCUGGAGAAUCCAACUGGUCGCACCCGUUUCGUGAACACCGUGUACUCGCUGGUUAAGACCUAUGGCUUCGAUGGCUUGGAUAUCGCUUGGCAAUUCCCCAAAAACAAACCCAAGAAGGUGCACAGUGGACUGGGAAGUCUCUGGAAGGGUUUCAAGAAGGUCUUCAGCGGCGACUUCAUUGUCGAUGAACGCUCCGAGGAGCACAAGGAACAAUUUACGGCCUUGUUGCGUGACGUGAAAAACGCCUUCCGUCCGGACAAUCUGCUGCUGUCAACUACAGUAUUGCCCAAUGUGAACUCAUCCCUGUUCUUCGAUGUGCCCGCUGUAAUCAACUAUCUGGACUUUGUAAACAUCGGCGCCUUUGACUUCUACACCCCCGAGCGCAAUCCGGAAGUGGCUGACUAUACGGCGCCACUCUACGAGCUGAGCGACCGCAAUCCCGAGUUCAAUGUGGAUGCCCAGGUCAAGUAUUGGCUGCGUAACAGCUGCCCGGCCAGCAAGAUUAAUGUGGGAGUCGCCACUUAUGGUCGCCCCUGGAAAUUGACAGACGAUUCCGGUGACACCGGAGUGCCCCCUGUGGCCAAGGUGGUCGACGAAGCACCCGUGGGCGCCAACACACAACAGCAUGGCAUCUACAGCUGGCCCGAGGUCUGUGCUCUGCUCCCCAAUCAGAAUAAUGCCUACGCUAAGGGCGCCAAUGCACCGCUGACUAAGGUCCGGGAUUCCGCCAAGAGAUUUGGCACCUAUGCUUACCGUGCUGCCGAUAAGAAGGGUGACAAUGGCAUCUGGGUGAGCUUCGAGGAUCCUGACAGCGCUGCUGAUAAGGCGGGUUAUGUGCGCACCAACAAUUUGGGUGGCAUCGCCCUGUUCGACUUGUCCUUCGACGAUUUCCGUGGUCUCUGCACCAACGAGAAGUAUCCCAUACUGAGGGCUAUCAAAUACCGUCUGGUUAACUAAAGUUGCCAGCCAGCUAAGCUAUUCUAAUACUGUUCUUGUCUGACGCAAGUGUUUUUAACUAAAAUAACGAACAAUAAAUGUUUUAUAUUGCAAAA